GCAGGACAGCACUGGACGUAUCAUUCAUAUACGGAACAGAUCUGGAGAAAAGGAUUAACUAUCUCCAUCCCUCUCCCUCUAAGGACCUUAGCCUCUCUUACCUCCUCUUCUUUCUCUAAGCCUCUCUUCACCUCUGUUUUUUUUUCCUAAAAUCCUCCUCAUUUUUUUUAUACCAUCCUUCCCUUCACAAUUCAUUGGUGGGUUGAAGGGAAGCUGGAGGGAUUGUCUUUAUUCAGAGAGAAGGAUUAUUCUUACAGUAUUCGUCUGACCAGAAUCUUGAACAUAUGGAUUUCUUUAGGUGUAGGGGUGAAAGCUUUUCUUCAAAUUUUUUGGCUGGCCAGAAAUUUUUGACCUUUUAUUUCUUUUUUAAAUAAUAUUUUUGGAUGGAUGGCUGAUUGCAGAAAGCCAUAAAGCUAGUGCUGUCCGAGAUAUUUGGUCAAGAGGUGAUUCGGUGCGGCUUUUCGCAUUCGCCACACUCGUGGAAGCCUCAGGCAUGGUGCCUUGACAUCGCCUCCACAGUCCCGCCCCUCCGCCAAGAGGAAGGCCGCAGAGUUCUGUGUCAUGCCCCCCCACACCCAUCCCCCUGGGGGCACUGGCCUGCCCCGAGCUAGCGCCACUAUCUACUACUACUACUUGGCCAAACCAGUCUUCCUCUGUGUCCUCUGCUUCCUAGCCGCAUUGCUACCGCCAGCCUCCUCCUGCCCUCCUCCCUGUCUCUGCUCCUCAGACAGCCUGGUGGUGGACUGCGGGGGCCGGGGUCUCUCCUCCCUGCCUCCCUUGCACCUCCUGCCUCCAAGGAGCCGCUCACUCCUGCUAACCAACAACAAGCUUGCCUCGCUGGGAGCAUCUGCCUUCGCUAACCUCACCUCUCUGGAGGAGUUAGAUCUCUCUAAUAACUACUUGGAUAAUUUACCAGCUGGAUUAUUCAGAGACAUGUCCAACCUGACAAGACUGACUCUGCACAACAACUCACUAACAGUAAUGGACAGAGACCUUUUUCAGGGUCUGAGUGGUCUUCAGAGUCUAGACCUGUCACUGAAUGGUCUGUCCACAGUUCCUCUCGGCCUACUGGAUGAGCUGCAGAGCCUCAGGUGGCUGUCCCUAGCGGGUAACAGGCUUCAUGGUUUGGAGAGGGCAGCAUUUGAGCCGCUGGUCAACCUGCAACACCUGGAACUGGGACAUAACCCCUGGGAAUGUGACUGCAACCUCCGCGAUUUCAAACACUGGAUGGAGUGGCUGCUGUACAGAGGGGGGAAGGUGGAUGCGGUGGAGUGCACACUGCCGAAGGAUCUGCGUGGGCGAGACAUCCGUGGUGUUCCAGUGGAAAUGUUCAACUACUGCCUCCAGCUCGAAGAUGAGAAUGGAGGAGGUGAGGGAUCUCGUUCUGGGCAAGCAGGCGGUCCUCCCUGCAGCAGGAAUUCUCUCAAUCCCAGCGGGUCGACACCAGUUUCUGACAACAGUGGAAACGCUGCUGAUGAUUCCUCUUCAAACACUGGAGGUGGAGGAGCAGGUGGAGGUGGAGAGGCUCCACAGGAUUGCACCCGCUCUCGCUACCGACCUGUGAGCGUGCGGCGUGCCAUUGGUACAGUGGUAAUUGCUGGCGUGGUGUGCGGCAUUGUUUGUAUCAUGAUGGUGGCCGCCGCGGCUUACGGCUGUAUCUAUGCCUCCCUGAUGGCCAAAUACCAGAGAGAGCUAAAGAAGAGGCAGCCGCUAAUGGGAGACGGAGAGGCUGAUGGGGAGGACAGGGAUGAGAAACAGAUCUCCUCUGUGGCCUAAAGGAGCGAUUGCAUGGGGGGGUUGGCUCGUCAAAGGCUUAGGGAUGAAAGGGGUGAAAAUUAAAAGGGCUCAAAGAGGAGAGAGAUGGAAGAGCUUGUUUUAAACACACAGAUGGUUAUAAUACCUCUCCCUCUGACUCUCAAACUGACACCUCUCCCGCUUUUUGUCUUCCUUUCUUUUUCUAUUUUUAACCUCUCCACUCUGUCGUUCUCUCGAACAAACUGCCUCACACACACCCCUUAUCUUCUCCCUGAUUUUCUCUUCCAUUUGGACCCAUUCUCACUGCAGUAUUCAUUCCCAAUCAUCCCUCCAACUCGCCUACCAGCCACCUACUGCUGUUGAAUUUACCAGUAUAUUGGCUAGGAGAGAAAAAAAAUUGGUUCCUCUCUCAGUAUGAAACAUAUCAUUUAAGUACACUCAUGGUGUAUGGUGAGUCAGUAUUUGUAAACCUGGGCUGAGAUUUCAGGGAUUCAUAGUUUGUAUGAUGUUGAUUGGACCAAUGUGAGAAGAAUUUCUUGUAUCAGGAAGUAGUGUGCAGUUCUUACUUUAUCUGCAACUUUCUCCUUCUCAGCCUCUCCAAAGCCAGUAUUACCCUCAAGAAACCAAGACCCCAGCCCAGAAUCCUUAACUCUCUUCUGAAAGACUGAUGUUGAGAAAUCUGACAGAAAUGAAGGAGAGAUGAGAGGCAAUUUGUAGAUGGAAAUCUACUACUUCAUCAAAGGAAAAAUACUGAGGUUCGAUUAAGUGUUGAUGAGGCUCCUGAUAUAUGUAACAGGAAAACAUUUGGAUUUACAAAUGUUCAUUCAUUUAUCACGUUAUUGGCACUCUCGCCUGUUUGGACCAGAUCUCGCUUUUGCUCUGGAUUGUCAAUGGACUAAUUUGAUCCUGGAAAUGUCCCAAACUGCAGCUGUCUGUGAGAGUCUGUCAUGGAUCUUAUCAGUCAGCUCAAGGAGGAUUAAACCAUAUAACUGGAAUUUUGAAUCUGUUGUAUUUGCCAGCUUCAGAAAAAGCUCUUGCUUGUUUGAUGCUUAAAAAUGGUUAUGAUAAGUGUCUGUCAGAUCAAAAAGCUGUCAAACUCAUUUUCUGGUGUUAGCUGGACUACGCUUCUGGAUCAAGAAAGAUUACACCACAGUUACUGAGAUCCAAAGGAACACAGAAUUUGCUUUAAAGCAAAUACUCUUUGCUCUGAAAUCAUUUUCAAACUCCUUUCACCCCCUCAGAGGUGAAUGUUUGCUACUAUAACACGAAAAAAACUAUCUCAGAGAACCCUGGUUUCCUGGCAAGGAGUACAAAAAUUAAUCUAAAGACUACAAACUUCAGGCUCGUGCACUUUAUUUCCCUAAACAGAUUCCCUCUGGCCUCUCUCUUUCCCCUCCUGUCCUCCUUCUCUUUCUUUCUAAGAUGGACACAUUGCCCAGAGGGAUUAUUAAAAAAAAAAAGAGGGAUUAAACUAAAAAAGCUGCUAUUUUUACCCCUCCUCCUUCUUCUCAUCCCUUUAUCUCACUAUCUUUUUUUCCCAUGCAGUGCUAUUUUUUCACACUCCUUAAAGAUCUUUUUAUGCAUCCCUUCUCCCACAGUCUUGUCUUUUUGUUUUUCUUGAACGGUCUGCAAUAUGCAAUGGAUGUUGCAUGAAAAUGUUACUGCCAAAGAGUCCUUAUGUUAAAAAGGAAAAGUAAUUAGAGGUAAUUUGAGAGGAAUCCUCUUGAUUAACACUCUUUUCUCAGCGCAGUCACAAAAACGGUUUGAUUGUUUGCUCUUUACAGUGUUUCCAUGAUUAUCCUGAUCUAUGCCCUGAAAUUUUUAUGUAAACAUUACCAUUUUAUAGUUAGCAGAGUAGAACAACUGUCUAUUCAGUGAUUUAAGUGGCAGUUAUUGCCCCUCUACAUUAAAUCUUCUGUUCCUUCUUAAUUUUUGAUUGGCUGGGAAUAAACUUAUAAUAACAGUGUGUUAUCUUAUACCUGGGUAUGAUGCAGAUAAAUAUUAUUAUACUUGUCUUCUAUGGUGUGUUGGCCCAACAAUCCCAAAUUGUUUAAUGUAGCCGUUUAUGGUUUUGUGUAUCAGUUCAUGAUGUAUGUAUUUUGUUGUGUUAAUGGCUUCUAUGUUCUGUUUUAGGUUUAAAUAUCUCUGUAGCAUUUAUUUGUUGUGUCCAUUUAUUUGUGUUGACUAGCUGGUAAUGUUUCUGUAAGAUGCAUAGAAAGGGUUUACCACCUUAUCUCUGAUAUUUAUCCGGGUGGCAUCAUUUGGCAUAGAGCUCUGGCAUGAUUUUUUUUUUUCCAUUUUAAUAGCAGUGGCUUUAUCUCCUACAGAUAUUUUUCAUAAUGUGACUUAAGCCCUGUUUGCACAGGAUUAGUAUUUCCAGGAGAACCAAAUUAUAUCCCUACAUGUGUGUUUCAUGCAGAUGAGUAAAGUUGGUGUUUCAUUUAAAUAUAUUGGCAUAAACUCUGGAUCUAAAUAUUGAUUGAAAAAUAAUGGUGCUAUUAAUAGUACCAACUGUCUUUUGACAGUUACCAAAAUGUUCCUUACAUGUUCAAAAAUUUUGACUCAGAAUUGCUAAUUUUAUUACAGGAACUCUGCGGAUGGAUAAAUAUAAUAGGCAACUUGCAAUGGACCUUUUACUUCACCAAGUGUGGAUGUGGCAGAUUUGCAGUUAAGAUGACCAGAUGGCUUCUGCAAUUAUUGGAUGUCCUUGGAUAAUAUUUUAGUCAUGUGCAAAUAGGACUUUAUUUGAAAUGACAAAUAGUAUUUGCAUUUAUGAAGACACUUGCUGCCUCUAUUGUAAUUACAAAGAUGUCAACGUCUGCAUUUACAAGAUUUUUUUUAAUAGAUAGAGAUUACAAUAUAAUAACUAUGUUCAAUAUGUGGUUAAGAUGCAACUAAAACAAUUUAGAAAAGAUCAGAAAAGCUAAAUGCAGCUGUUCUGGAUGCAGAAGAGCUGACUAAUGGCUAGUCAGGUGUGCAUUAUGACUUAAGCUUUGCCUCAAUUUAACAACAGUGGCUGCUUCACUAACCUAAAAAGAUGCAGAAAGUGAUUAAGCAAAAGUAAUUUCCAAACAAGCUUUACAGUGUACGUCUUCAUGGAUGCACAUGCUGAAUUUAAAUAAGUGUGAUAUAUCCUUGAAUUUUAGAGGCUCUGCGGGAGCAGCUGAAAGAAAGCAAAAGCUAAACUCUGUCUAUGAAUCCAGAAACGUUGUCCUCUCACUCCCUGGUCUGCAGGUCUCGUGUUGUUCGUAGCUAAGUAUCUUAGCUAGCUCAAUCCUGUUCCUAUAGUCUGUGUGCAUAAAGAACAAUAAAUUCUAGUUUGCUACGUAAAAACUGCAGCAGCCAUGAUGACCAAGGGCCUCUGAGACUACACUGCUCAGAAAUCUACAUGUGUUGUGUUGUUACGAUGAUUGUGAUUAUGACAAUGAUGAUAUGAUGAUGGUGAUGAAGCAUUUCCUAGUCAAGAUGCGUCGUUUUAAAU